GUGUAUUAGUUGACAGUUCGCUUGCAAGUUGAACGCAUCAUAGAUUUAUUUUGCCAGUGUAUCAACAAUCAAUAUUUACAGAUCCAAAAUGAAUUCCUUCCUGAUGGUUUGUCUGUUGGCGCUGGCGGCUGCGGUGGGCGCAGAGCAAUACACGGACCGUUACGACAACGUGGAUUUGGACGAGAUCCUCUCCAACCGCCGUCUACUUGUGCCCUACAUCAACUGCAUCCUUGAAGAGGGCAAGUGCUCACCCGACGGCAAGGAGCUCAAAUCUCACAUUAAAGAAGCUUUGGAAAACAACUGCGAGAAAUGCACGGACACCCAGAAAUCUGGCACCAGGAAAGUGAUCGGUCAUUUGAUCAACAAUGAAAAGGAGUACUGGGGCAAGCUGACCGCUAAAUAUGAUCCCGAACGUAAAUACGUCACUAAGUACGAGACCGACCUACGCAAAAUCGCCGCCUAAUUCAAUAGUCGCAUCUGAUAAAAUGUUUAAAAUAUUUCCAAAACUUCCCGUUUUC